CCGACAAAUGUCUUUCUCUUUUUCUAGCUUCGUCUUCGUCUUCUUUCACUUUUCUUAACUCUCCUCCAUUACUAUACCCUUUUUCACUUUCGGUGCCUUUGGUUUUGUAAUAUCUCUCCUAGGCUAGUCUCCUACAAUAUUCACUUGUUCUUGAAAUUUCCAACAUAAAGAUCCAACCUUUCUCUGUUUUUUGCUUCUUGGAGUUUUCAUCAGAAGUGAAAAGGAAAUGGCUGUUGGUGGUGGAGGAGGAGGGGCUGCGCCGCAGUUGAAACAAGAUGAGCUUGAGCCACAUCCGGUGAAAGAUCAGCUUCCUUCUGUUUCUUAUUGUAUCACUAGUCCUCCUCCUUGGCCUGAGGCAGUUCUUUUGGGGUUUCAGCAUUACUUGGUGAUGCUUGGAACUACAGUUCUCAUCCCAACAUAUUUAGUUCCGCAGAUGGGUGGUGGAAACGAAGAGAAGGCAAAGAUGGUUCAGACAUUGCUUUUUGUUUCUGGACUUAACACUUUAUUACAAAGCUUCUUUGGUACUCGACUUCCUGCGGUCAUUGGUGGCUCUUACACCUAUUUACCAACCACGCUUUCGAUUAUCUUAGCUGGUCGGUACAGCGACAUUGUUGAUCCUCAGGAGAAAUUUAAGAGGAUAAUGAGAGGAAUCCAGGGUGCUCUUAUCGUUGCUUCGCUUCUUCAGAUCGUCGUUGGCUUCAGCGGGCUAUGGCGCAAUGUAGUUAGGCUCUUGAGUCCUCUCUCUUCAGUUCCUCUAGUAGCACUAGCCGGCUUUGGACUUUAUGAGCACGGUUUCCCACUGCUAGCCAAAUGCAUUGAGAUUGGACUGCCUGAAAUCAUACUUCUACUCAUAUUCUCACAGUACAUUCCUCAUCUCAUGAGAGGAGAAAGACAAGUGUUCCAUCGGUUUGCUGUGAUUUUUUCUGUUGUUAUUGUCUGGAUUUACGCACACCUACUCACCGUUGGUGGAGCCUAUAAGAACACAGGACUCAACACUCAGCUAAGUUGCAGAACAGAUCGUUCUGGCCUCAUUGGUGGUGCUCCAUGGAUAAGAGUUCCUUACCCAUUCCAAUGGGGACCUCCAACAUUUCAUGCGGGUGAAGCAUUCGCUAUGAUGGCUGUUUCAUUUGUUUCCCUUAUUGAGUCCACAGGGACUUACAUUGCUGUAUCGAGGUUUUCGAGUGCAACUCCACCGCCACCUUCUGUUCUCAGCCGUGGAAUCGGUUGGCAGGGUGUUGGGGUUCUCCUCUGUGGAUUAUUUGGAGCAGGGAAUGGAGCAUCUAUAUCAGUAGAAAAUGCUGGUUUGUUAGCCUUAACACGCGUUGGUAGCAGAAGAGUAGUUCAAAUAUCAGCUGGUUUUAUGAUCUUCUUCUCUAUUCUUGGUAAAUUUGGUGCCAUCUUUGCAUCGAUUCCAGCUCCGAUCGUCGCAGCAUUACAUUGCUUGUUCUUUGCAUACGUUGGUUCUGGUGGUCUAAGCUUACUUCAGUUCUGUAAUCUAAACAGCUUCAGAACAAAAUUCAUCCUUGGAUUCUCGUUCUUCAUGGGGUUAUCAGUACCACAGUACUUCAACGAGUAUACAGCUGUAAACAAGUAUGGACCAGUUCACACACACGCAAGAUGGUUCAAUGACAUGAUCAACGUUCCAUUCUCUUCUGAAGCCUUUGUGGCUGGGAUUUUAGCAUUCUUUCUUGAUGUAACAUUGUCAUCUAAGGACAGUGCGACGAGGAAAGACCGAGGGAUGGUUUGGUGGGAUCGUUUCAUGUCGUUCAAAUCGGAUACUAGAAGUGAAGAGUUUUACUCUUUGCCAUUCAAUCUCAACAAGUAUUUUCCCUCAGUUUGAUAGUUGAAAAUGUUGCUAAUGAAAGAGUUCAUUGGCUAGACCC